GCUCUCGCCGCAGCAGCAGCCGUCGUUCCAAGGGAGGAGGCAUUACCCUGGCCGAAGGCACGGCUUUCUCUCCAUGCUUCUCUAGAGGUGUUCAGAUGGGAUUAAAGUCCACAUGGAGAUAUGGAAAUGGACCAGGAAUUUACUCUAAAAAGAUGGUCAGCUGGGAUUCGGGUUGCCUUAUCUGCCUGGUGGUGGUCACCAUGGCUGGACUUUCCCUGGCUCGACCUUCAUUUAAUUUAGUUGUUGAAGACACCACGGUGGAACCCGAAGAGCCGCCAACCAAAUACCAAAUCUCUCAGCCAGAUGUUUACUCAGCACUUCCAGGAGAGCCGCUUGAGUUGCGCUGUCAAUUGAGAGACGCCGUCAUGAUCAGUUGGACUAAGGAUGGGCUCCCUUUGGGGCCUGACAAUAGGACAGUGAUUAUUGGGGAGUACUUACAAAUUAAGGAUGCCACAGCCAGAGAUUCGGGCCUCUAUGCUUGCACUGCUGUUAGGACCCUAGACAGUGAUACUCUGUACUUCAUUGUAAAUGUUACAGAUGCUCUUUCCUCUGGGGAUGAUGAAGAUGACAAUGAUGGGUCUGAGGACUUUGUGAAUGACAGCAACCAGAUGAGGGCGCCUUACUGGACACACACGGACAAAAUGGAGAAGAGGCUCCACGCCGUGCCGGCCGCCAACACCGUCAAGUUCCGCUGCCCGGCCAUGGGGAACCCAACACCGACCAUGCGGUGGCUGAAAAACGGGAAGGAGUUCAAGCAGGAGCAUCGCAUCGGCGGGUACAAGGUCCGUAACCAGCACUGGAGCCUCAUCAUGGAGAGCGUGGUGCCGUCGGACAAGGGGAACUACACGUGCAUAGUGGAGAACCAGUACGGCUCCAUCAACCACACCUACCACCUCGAUGUGGUUGAGCGCUCCCCGCACCGGCCCAUCCUGCAGGCGGGGCUCCCCGCCAACGCCUCCGCCGUGGUCGGCGGCGACGUCGAGUUUGUCUGCAAGGUGUACAGCGAUGCCCAGCCCCACAUCCAGUGGAUAAAGCACGUGGAGAAGAACGGCAGUAAAUACGGGCCAGAUGGGCUGCCCUAUCUCCAGGUUUUAAAGGCUGCCGGUGUUAACACCACGGACAAAGAAAUUGAGGUUCUCUAUAUACGGAAUGUAACUUUUGAGGAUGCUGGGGAGUAUACAUGCUUGGCGGGUAAUUCUAUUGGGAUAUCCUUUCACACUGCAUGGUUGACAGUUCUGCCAGCUCCUGAGAAAGAAAAGGAAUACCCAACCUCUCCAGACUACGUGGAAAUAGCAAUUUACUGCAUAGGGGUGUUCCUGAUAGCCUGCAUGGUGCUGAUAGUGAUCCUGUGCCGCAUGAAGAACACCACCAAGAAGCCGGAUUUCAGCAGCCAGCCCGCUGUCCACAAGCUGACCAAGCGCAUCCCCCUGCGCAGACAGGUAACAGUGUCGGCCGACUCGAGCUCCUCCAUGAAUUCCAACACGCCCCUGGUGAGGAUCACCACCCGCCUCUCCUCCACUGCUGAUGCCCCCAUGCUGGCAGGAGUCUCGGAGUAUGAACUGCCAGAAGACCCAAAGUGGGAGUUCCCAAGAGAUAAGCUGACGCUGGGCAAACCCCUGGGAGAAGGUUGCUUUGGGCAAGUGGUCAUGGCCGAAGCGGUGGGCAUUGACAAAGACAGGCCGAAAGAAGCAGUGACCGUGGCAGUGAAGAUGUUGAAAGAUGAUGCCACAGAAAAAGACCUCUCUGACCUGGUGUCAGAGAUGGAGAUGAUGAAGAUGAUUGGGAAGCAUAAAAAUAUCAUCAAUCUUCUCGGAGCCUGUACCCAGGAUGGUCCUUUGUAUGUGAUAGUGGAAUACGCUUCCAAGGGGAACCUGCGGGAAUACCUGCGAGCGCGCCGCCCGCCCGGCAUGGAGUACUCCUUCGACAUCAACAGGGUGCCCGAGGAGCAGAUGACAUUCAAGGACCUGGUGUCCUGCACCUACCAGCUGGCACGAGGCAUGGAGUACCUGGCUUCCCAAAAAUGCAUCCAUCGAGACUUGGCCGCAAGAAAUGUUUUGGUAACGGAAAACAAUGUCAUGAAAAUAGCAGACUUCGGUUUAGCCAGAGACAUCAACAAUAUAGAUUAUUACAAAAAGACUACUAAUGGGCGGCUUCCAGUAAAGUGGAUGGCUCCAGAAGCUCUGUUUGACAGAGUUUACACACAUCAAAGUGAUGUUUGGUCGUUUGGUGUGUUAAUGUGGGAGAUCUUCACCUUAGGAGGGUCACCCUACCCAGGAAUCCCAGUGGAGGAACUUUUUAAGCUGCUGAAAGAAGGGCACCGGAUGGAUAAACCUGCCAACUGCACCAACGAGCUCUAUAUGAUGAUGAGAGAUUGCUGGCAUGCUGUGCCUUCUCACAGACCCACUUUCAAACAGUUGGUGGAGGACUUGGAUCGGAUUCUCACUCUCACGACUAAUGAGGAGUAUCUGGACCUGAGUGGGCCUCUGGAGCAGUAUUCACCCAGCUACCCCGACACGAGGAGCUCGUGUUCCUCGGGGGACGACUCCGUGUUCUCUCCCGACCCGAUGCCUUACGAACCUUGUCUCCCCAAGUACCAGCACAUGAACGGGAGUGUGAAAACAUGAAAAGAGCAGCAAAGAGGCAAGAACAUCGAGCUACCUACAGUAUGCAAAGCAAAAGCUUUUCUCCAGGACCUUCAUGUUUCUGCUUGUACAUAGGAAAUGUGGGAAAAGAAAAAACUAAAAAGAAGGAAAAGGAAAAAAAAAAAAAAAUUUGGAGGAAAGCGGUCAGAACCUACAUAAAGAUUCUCAUUACUUGCAGCUUUCAGAUGUUCCCAAGAAAGAAGAAUGUUUAUGAGCUGUUUCUAGAUACCCAUUGCUAUCAACUUUCUGGCUUCCUGCGAGCUGCAACAGACUUUGUUUGUACAAUGGACCAGUUGGACUUGAGGCAAACUCUGGGUCUGCCUUUCUUGUUUAUUUUGUAAUAUUUGGAGAAAAUAUAUGUUGGCACACACUUACAGAGCACAAAUGCAGUAUAUAGGUGCUGGAUGUAUGUAAAUAUAUUCAAAAAUAUGUAUAAAUAUAUAUUAUAUAUAUUUACAAUGAAUUAUUUUUUGUAUUGAUUUAAAAAAUGGAUGUCCCAAUCCACCUAGCAAAUUAGUCUCUUUUUUAACAGCUAUUUGCUAAAUGCUGUUCUUACACAGAAUAUCUAAAUUUUCACCAUCCAAAGGUGGAAAAUACUUUGCUUUCAGGGAAAAUGGUAUAUCAUUAAUUUAUUAACUAAUUGGUAAUGUACAAAACAGUUAAUCGUUUAUAGGGUUGUUGUGUUUUUGUAAUUUAAAUGGCAUUUCUAUGCAGGCAGCACAGAGGACUAGUAGGUAUAUUGCUCAGACUUUACUAGUUUUCAGAUCUUUAAGAAAAUAAAUAUUUACAGUAUAUAACUAAUUUGGGGGAAUUAAACUUUCAAUUUAUUUGUGUUUAAAAACUGCAGCGUCAGAUGAUUGUUCUUAUCAAAACCAAAUCCUUUAACAAGAAACUCUUUUUUCUUAUAAGGUCCAAAAAGCAGAGUUGUUCCACUCCAAAAAAAAAAAA